GUUACCUUUCUUUAAAAAUGCGUUAUUAAAUUUGGAACGAAAGUGCUUUCUUUAAAGAGUUGUGUGAGUUUUUACCAAAAGUGUUUUGACCGUGGAUUGUUCUUGGUGCUGGUUUAAUUCGACGUGGUUCGUGUUGCACACGUGAAUGGUUUUGCUGAUAAGAACGCAGUGAAGCGGCGUGAAGAUGACUAUCCGCAGCAUGACCGUGACCGACACUCGCGACGCCACCACCAAAAUCAUGUGCUGUAGGCGGCCGAGUAAAUUCAAGACCAAGGUGAUCAUCGGCUCGCUAGCGCUCCUCCUUGUAAUCGCGGCGUUCUGCGGGUUCAUCAUCAGCAACUCCAACGUCAAGAAACAGAGCUCCGAGCCCCCGGACCCGGUGGAGCCGUUAAAACCUUCGGCUUCUUGGCUUCAUGUGUUUAAGAAGGCGGCAGUGUGCACUGAUGCACCGCCUUGUUCUGAAAUAGGAAGACAAAUCCUCGCCCAAAAUGGAUCAGCGGUGGACGCAGCGAUCGCCGCCAUGUUUUGCAACGGGUUCCUCAACCAACAGAGCAUGGGUCUCGGCGGCGGGUUCUUCAUGACGGUCUACAUCAGAGAUGAAGAGAAGGGGUACACCGUCAACGCGAGAGAAACAGCGCCUUUGGCCGCUACGAGAGACAUGUUCAAAGGAGACGCUUCUAAAGCCUCUAAAGGGCCUCUAGCUAUAGGUGUACCAGGAGAGCUCCGAGGAAUGUGGGCAGCACACAAGCGGUGGGGCAAGCUGCCGUGGGCGGAGCUCAUCGCUCCCACCAUGGGCUUCUGCAGCUACGGCUUCCAGGUGUCCAAGGUCAUGUUCGACGGACUGCUGGCCGCGCCGUAUAUCAAGAGUGACCCAAUUUUAAGAAAGAUGUACGUGGACCCGUCAACCAACAACUUCUACAACCCAGGAACGAUAGUGAAACCGAGCGAAGCCUUCUGCAAGACUCUUCGCCUCAUCGCCGAGAGGGGAGGCGACGAGCUAUACAACGGUACCCUGGCCAAGGACUUCCUGGACGACCUGAAAAGGGUCGGCAGCAUCAUCUCCACUGAAGAUCUGAGGAACUAUGAGGCAAAAAUAACCGAGACCAUCGACGUACGAUUAGACAGCGGGGAAAGACUACACGUGCCCCCACCGCCCAGCAGUGGGCUCAUCCUGGCAAACAUCCUGAACGUGCUGUCGGGGUACAGCUUCGGGCCGCACAGCAUCAACACGACGGAGGACAAGAUUCUCACAUACCAUAGGAUCAUAGAGGCAUUUAAGUUCGCCUACGCGACGAGAACCAGGUUGGGGGAUGCUGCGUUUCUGCAGUUAGAUGAGUUAAUAAAGAACGUGACGCAACCUGAAUAUGGGGCAGAAAUCCGCAGCAGAAUCAACGACUCAAUGACAAGCAAUGACUCCUCGAUAUACGGUGCGGAGGUGUACCAGCAACCAGAUGCUGGCACAGCGCACAUCUCUGUCAUAGCAAGUAAUGGAGACGCUGUGUCCGUCACCAGCUCUAUCAACUACUAUUACGGCUCCGGCUUCACGACCUUGAACACGGGCAUCGUAAUGAACAACGUGAUGGACGACUUCUCCUCACCAGGCAUCACCAACUACUUCGGCCUGGAGCCUUCCCCGGCCAACUUCAUCGCGCCAGGAAAGAGACCUUUAUCUUCCAUGAGUCCUAGCAUUAUUUCUGAUACCGUAGGCAAUGCCAAGAUGGUGCUCGGAGCUUCUGGAGGCACUAAGAUAACCACAGCCGUCGCCUUGGUGGCCAUCCGCAAGCUAUGGUUCCAGCAGACGAUCAAAGAGGCAGUGGAUGAAGCUCGGAUACAUCAUCAGUUGCUGCCCAUGCAAGUGGAAUACGAGUUUGGAAUUACCGAGGGAAUCGUCAACGGCCUAAAAGCCAAAGGCCACGUAAUGACCCGCUACCGCGGCCGCGGCUCGAUUGUGUGCGCCCUCUACAGGAACAAAACGGCAAUCUACGCCAACGCGGACUUCAGGAAAGGGGGAGAUGUUUCUGGCGAUUAGAACACACUUGAUUCACCCUCUACAUAACUGAAUCUCUUGCAUCUAAGAGUUAAUUCACUUACA